GUUUGGCUGCGGUCACAGGGGGUGAACCAUCUUGUUUUCCGGCUUUCAUUGACUCUCUGAUGACUGGGACCGCUGUCCUGUACCGGAGAAGCCAAGAUGGCAGCAAGCAAUUAUUUUGGCUUCACGCAUGCUACCGGUCCCCAGUACAGUACCCAGCCUCCACCGGCCUACUCGCAUUCUUCGACGGUCACGUACAAUGUCCAGCAGGCUCCCGCUGUGCCUCAUGCCGUGACAGCUUCCUACUCUCCGGGUACAGUGCAGGCAGCCCAGCCUGUUGUCAGCGCUCCGUACGCUGGCUAUCAGAGCCACCAGCCCCCUCCAGACUACACCUACCGACCGCCGGACCCCCCUGCACUCCCGCAGCCCACCACCACACCACAAACGUAUCAAGUGUACUCUGACACGCAGGACAACUACAGCUAUGACAAUAAACAGUACUACCAGACAAGUAUUGCUCCAGCCCAGAUGAGUACCACUGACAAUUACUACCAGACUGUCAGCAUGAAGAGCGCUUACACUCCGGCUCCAACCACUGUGUACAGCCACCCGCCUCCUAUCCAGAGGCAGGUAACAACGCUGACCCCAAGCAGCUCGGUGUCCACCAACUACAUCUAUCCGGUGUCCAGCAGUGCACAGCAACCGCAAUCGUCCAUUUCGUCCUACAACCUCCGCUCCACCUUCAACUCUACUCCGUCGGCGGCCACUUUCUCAGGCCACAACUACUCUAACUAUGAUUCAACUGGCUACACCUGCACAUCCGCCCCCUCCUAUUACCAGUCAGCCCCGCAGACUUUGUCCCAACCUCAAAAGCAACAGCCCCCAUCCCAUCAGCCCCAACAACCGCUGGCUUCCAAGCAACUGACAAGCGCUUCUUGGAGCAAUCCAGGCAGCAACAUGGUGACGAGCUCGGUGGGAAGCACCUACAAAAAACCUGCAUUUCACCAGAACAAGCUGCAGAAGCCUAAAGGGCCCGCCAAGCAGCCCCAGCUUCAUUACUGUGACAUUUGUAGGAUAAGCUGUGCAGGUCCUCAGACAUAUUGGGAGCACCUACAAGGCCAGAAGCAUAAGAAAAAGGAAGCUGCUCUGAAGACUGGCGGUCAGACGGGGACCUGCAAUGGGCCCAGAGGUGUUCAGACCCAGUUACGAUGUGAGUUGUGUGAUGUGUCCUGCACUGGAGUCGAUGCCUACGCCGCGCACAUCCGUGGCUCCAAACACCAGAAGGUGGUGAAACUGCACACCAAGCUAGGCAAGCCUAUUCCCUCCAUUGAGCCCGUGUUGGUGAAUUCUGCACCAGUCGUCAAAACAUCAACGGCUGCUAAACAGCAGGCCUCCACCACCGACGUGGCCUCAGUUGGGACCACUUCAACUUCUACUGCUGCAUCCAAACCAGCUGUAAAGUCUGCAGCUAAAACACUAACAACCAUCAAGAAACUAGUUCCGUCCAAAAUAACUUCCAAUAAGCCAGCAGCGCCACCUGGGGCGGAAGCAACGAAAGUAGAGACAACCGUGCCACAAGCGCCACAGGAGGAGUGUGACAAAUUCGAAAGCCCGGGGGACAUCCAUCCAGUUGGGCAUGACUAUGUCGAGGAGGUGUGUAAUGGUGAUGGGAAAGUAAUUCGUUUCCACUGUAAGCUAUGUGAGUGCAGCUUCAAUGACCCAAAUGCUAAAGACAUGCACCUAAAAGGAAGAAGGCACAGACUCCAGUACAAGAGGAAAGUGAACCCCGAACUCUCAGUGGAGAUCAAACCCAGUAACCGAGCCAGAAAGCUGCAAGAGAGCAAACUGAAGAAGCAAAAGGCGGUGCUGAAGAGACAGCAAGACGAUGAGCAGCACUGGCACAUGGAGAUGAGGCGAUAUGAGGACAACAUGUACUGGAGGAGAAUGGCGGAGGAGCAAAUGUACUGCGGGGAACAGAGACACAGGAUGGCUCCCCCGCCUCUCAUGAGCCGCCCGGGUAGGCCGGUGCCCCCUCUGCUGUCUUGUGUGCGGCCUCUAGACUCACCUGAUGACCGCGUUGUAAUGGCCAAACACACCACCAUUUACCCGGGGGAGUUGGAGCUGCAGGCUGUUCAGAGGAUCGUUUCCCACUCUGAGCGAGCCCUGAAGAUGGUGUCAGAUAAUCUCUUUGAGAAAAACAACACUACUGCUGCUAUUGAGAGUGGGGACCUAAACAGCACUGAGAGCUCAGCCCGGCUGUUAAAAGGUGUGAUGCGGGUGGGCAUCUUAGCCAAAGGCCUGCUACUUCGUGGUGACACUAAUGUUCAACUCAUCCUGCUCACUGCUAAGAAACCCACCGUCUCCUUACUCAAGAGCAUUGCUAAGCAGUUGCCCAAGGAACUGGCGACAUUUUCUGAAGAUCAGUAUGAGGUGCAGGCUCACCCAGAGGAGGCCAACGUCGUCAUAUUAUCAAGCAAGGAGCCCAUAAUGCAGGUGACCGUUUCUCUCACCUCGCCACUCAUGAGGGACGACCCUGCUGCUGAAAAGGACAAGCAGGCAGGAGGAAAAGCGGCUGAGAAAGAUGUGGCUGAGAAUGACCCACCUGAUCUUCUGAAUAAGAAAAAAUGUUUGGAGCACUUGGCUGCACUCCGUCAUGCCAAAUGGUUUCAGGCUCGUGCCAAUGGGCUGCAGUCCUGUGUGAUCAUCAUUCGAGUCUUACGAGAUCUAUGUCAGCGAGUGCCCAUCUGGGGAAAGAUGCCAAGCUGGGCGAUGGAGCUGCUUGUGGAGAAGGUCAUCAGCAGUGUGAUAGGCCCACUCAGCCCAGGAGAAGCCUUGCGAAGGGUGCUGGAGUGCAUGGCCACGGGAAUCCUGCUAUCAGAUGGGUCUGGGUUGUUGGACCCUUGCGAGAGACAGCUGACAGAUGCUUUGGAAAGCAUGAAGGUUCAAGACAGGGAGGAUGUAACCAGUAGUGCGCAGCAUGCGCUACGGCUGCUAGCCUUCCAUCAGAUCCAUGAGGUUCUUGGCAUGAACUCCAUGACCAAGGGCAGCGCUCGCAACCGCAAACGCCAACGGGACGUCAGCGACACGAGCGAGGGCGAGGGCCAAGGCAAAAAGGACAAGAAGGAAGAGGCAGCAGUAUGGGAGGAGGAAACAUGACAUCUUAGGUCACUGCGACGUUGGACGAGGAUUCAACGAUUGCACGACAAUUUUGUUUAAAAGUUCUGUAUGACUGACUUUGUUUCAGUUGCCAAGAGCAACUGUUUUUAGUUGUAAAGUAUGUCACUAUCUCUUCUGUUGAAAUGGAAAAUGUUACCGUUGUCCAUUUUUUCUUUCUUUUGAGUGUUUUUAGCCAAUGUGUUCUCCAAAUCGAGUUUGUGUUCUUACGGGUUUUACGCUGUUGUAAAUAAAAAAAAAAAAAAAAAUGGAGAAGAACCCCCAACCUC